UAAACAUUCAUAUUCAAUAGUUCAACUUUGAAAAAUUUAAUAUUUUCGGUAACCCACAGAAAAAAGUUGGUCUACACCUCUGUUUUCUUCAGCCCUGGUUUGUUUUGUGUGGCGGUGGAAUCUGUUGAACAAAUUAUAUAUCAAUAAAUGGCCCAGGUUCGAGGUUCCUGUGAAAGUUUCUGUCCCGAUGGGGAAGCUAAGAUGCGAAUCCGCGAAAAGCUUUUGCACUACUACGAGCUAAAAAAUGGCCAAAAAAAUACUCCAGGUGUCCUGGUAAAGGAGUUUACGAGAUCUGCCGCCGAUGUCAAAAUGCCUCUUCCCAAGGAAAUGCGCACGGAAGCGGCAUUAACAAAAACAGUGGAAUAUCUUCUCAAGGACAUUAUUCUGGACACUCGGAAGCCCUAUAACUUGGUUUAUGACUUUAUCUUUGAUCGUUUGAGGGCUGUGCGUCGGGAGAUCGUUAUACAGAUGUACGAUGCCCGCCAGAAGAUUAUUCAACUGGAGCCCAUUGUGAUGUUCCUGGCUUACAGUCGCUAUCGGUUGUGUGGAGAGUCAAUAGAAAAGUUUGAUCCUAAGAUAUGUAACCAGCAUUUGCAGGAGUGCCUCACUGGAGUGCUGUGUUGUUAUGAAGAACUAGAUGGGCUGGAACCGUCUAGAGAACCCACAAUCCGUGAACUUGACCGACGAUGCUUUAUCGAAUCUUUGUAUCAAGUGUUUAAUCUGGGUUCCCCAGAGUCCUUUGCACGUGCCCUUUCUUUACCGGGUUAUGUGCGUCAGGAUGCGACCUUUAAGCUAUGCUUUGAUAUCUGUUUGGCCUUUCAACAAGGAAAUUUAUACAAAGUGCUUAUGGGGUUUCCCCAAUUGCCUCAUAUUCUGUGCGCAGUAGCUACUAUCAAGUUGCAGGCGAUAAGAAGGAGCUUGUUGCAGAUUUUCACGCAUGCCUAUAACAACAAACAGCUUACAGUGCCGGUUCAUUACUUGUUGCGUUUACUGUUAAUCGACGGACCGACAGGACUACAGGAUCAGUGCCGACAUUACAAUAUAGCUAUAACUGCCGACAGAAAAGCUGUACAUUUUAAUAAGACUGAUUUUAAUCAUAACGUUGAGUUAUUGAAACCCCAACACGAACGCUUUGUGGAGUCAAAACUAAAGCGUAUUUAUCUACCGGAAGUCGUGUUGCUGAAAAAAUUUAAAUAGUUAGUUAUUUAAGGCACUUAAAUUGUAUAUAGUCAGAAACAAAAGUGAAACCAUGGUAAUUAAUUAA